UGUCCAUCGUAAUCGCGAACAUCAUGAAUAAGGUGGUUUUGGUAGCUUUUGUGGCCGUGGUGUGCUAUCUAGCUGCUCCGGUCAACGGUGCUCCCCAGCACAAGGAGCAUGAGGUGAAGCAUGGUGAGGCUCCGCGGCACGACCAGGAACAGAAGAAACCGAUCGCGCACGACCAGCACCCGAAGGUGCAUGAUCAGCGUCCUCAGGAACACGGUCCCGGUGCCCAUCAAUACCCCAAGGUGCAUGAUCAGCGCCCCCAGGAACACGGCAAGCAUAGGCGUGAUGUAAAGCGGACCGUGGAGGAACAGAAGAAGCCGAUCGCGCACGAUCAACACCCCAAGGUGCAGGAUCAGCGCCCGAAGGAACAUGCGUCUGGUGCCCAGCAACAGCCCAAGGAACACGAGCAGCAUGUGAAGCAUAGGCGCGACGUGCAGCAGACGGAGGAGGAACAGAAGAAGCCGGUCGCGAAUGAUCAACGCCCAAAGGAACAGGCGGCCGGUGAAACUCACGAUGACAGGCUGCCACAUCCUCGACCACCGACGCGAAGGCGUUACACUCCUACGGCCACCCCAGGAAACAAUGCGGCCACUAUUAAAUCCAGCACACCUUUGGCCCACCAGCACAACCGCAAACCCUACAAACCGACCACGGCGGCAUCCGCACCAGGAACCUCCAGCCAGGCUUCGGUAGCCACACCAGCGGUGCCAGCGGCAUCCCCGGCAGUGGGAGCGUCCAGUACCACGGUGCAGGCUCCGUCGAGUGGAACCUCAGCUGGAGUGUCGGCCUCGUCGACGGCCGCUCCAUCCGUUCCAUCGGUGUCCACUAGCGCUGCACCGCUUCCAGCCGUCCUCGGUUAAUCCGACAGACGAUUCGUGCCGGCGUUACAUGGAAAGAAGGUCAGUUGGUAAAUAAAAUACGAUUCACUUUA